AAGGAUCGAAAUGUUCGAACUCUCACAUCCUUCGUCUGAUCCCGCAGGAACUGCAUCAAGCUUCAAAAUACCCGCCUUGUCGACGCAAUAAUGGAAGUCAUGAGGGAAACUGCUGGCGACAACCCGGAGAUUUCGCCGUAUACCAGCGAGUUCAUCAACCUCGAGUUUGCGAACGCUGCCCUGGAGUUUGCUGUUCACCAUGAGGUCCUGCAGCGCAGCUCGAAGCUAUCCACGCUUCCGAAGGUCAAGGUCAAGAAAACCAAGGUUAUCAACCUUCGCCAAUUUUCGUACAUCGCAGGUCACGCGCUGGUCCACUAUCUCUACACCAAUCAGUUACACGUUCUCGACUGGGGUGAAACAAAGCUCUCUGAGUUCAAGUCCAAGCUCGAGAUUUACGCUCUAGCUCGGACAUUUGAGCUCAGCGGGCUUGAAGAGCUGGUCCGGGACGACAUGGAGCGGUGCGCGCACGACCUCGACCUCUUCAGCAUCAUCGACGCCGUAGCGGAGGCUUACCCGAAUCCCAUUGGCGACGAUGCGUGGCUCCCACAGUGGUUCAAGUCACACAUGAAGAAAGCCUUCAGGGACCCGCGUACGCUCUCGAAGACCCCCGUCGCACCCGUCUUCAGCGACGGGUCGUCUGUUAUCAAGUUGUUCUUGGGCUGCAUGCUCGAGACGUAUGCGGACAUGGUGAACUCGCUCGCUUGCCCUGGUGCGGAUGUCGAAAAGAAUGACGAGAAACAGGAGUUACUAGCUGCCGCGCCUGAAGCAGAGGGCGAGGCUUCAGCACCAGCCCAGCCUGUGCUCGAUUCCGGGCCAGAGUCUGAACCGGCACGGCCUCUGACACCACUCGCCGAAUUCUUUCAGAAGCUUAUGAAGAGAGGCAUGAAGGCGUCUGCCCAGGCCGAGUCGGAGUUGGAGAUGGAGCCACACCCAGAAGCAGAGCCCGAGCCUUCCAUGGAAGCGGAGCCUGAUUUGGCCCCCGAACUUGACUAUGGAGCCGCACCUGAGCCCGAACCUGAGCCGGAGCCCGAGGCCAAGCUGGAGUCCGUCUGUAACUGCUCUGAGUGCUCUCCGGUGCCGGUGUGUGAGCCUGAGCCUGAGCCAGAACCGGAACCGGAGCCGGAGCCGGAGCCGGAGAUAGACCCAGACUCAGAAGCGGAGUCCGAGCCUCCCAUGGAAGCGGAGCCUAAUUUGGUCAAUGAACCUGACUACGAGCCUGGACCCGAGCCCGAGCCCGUGGACAAGCCGGGGCUCUGCUGUAACUGCUCCGAGUGCUCUCCGGCGUCGGUUGAGGAAGAGGAGAGGAGGGCAGAGGAAGCCGGCAACUUCGCACUCGAACGGGGCACCAAGCAAAAGGUCAUGAAGGCCAAGAAGGCCAUGAAGGCCAAGAACGCCAAGAAUGCCAAGCCCAAGGCGCGCAGAGCCCAAAUGGCUAAAGAGCUGAUUGCCGCGGAGCCGGAGCCGGCGCCGGAACGGGAACUGGAGCCGAUGUCCUCCGAGGUUGUGGUCGAGGACGAGGUCAAGAGGGAUCCUUGGGAAUUCUGGGGUGCGAAGAGGUCUCCCACGGCAAGGAAGACGUCGGGGGAGAGUCUCGCGUCGUGGGACCGGGUUGGCGAUGGCUACUAGUAUGUCACGCUCUAUAUGAAGAUAGGCAUAGUGGGAUCGUCCGUUGGGGUUGGGUAAGUUGGGUAAGGAAGGUAACGUUAAGUGAGAUUGAAAUGGGACGACGGAAGGAGCAUAGUUUCUAUGGUGCAACUUCUGGGAGAUUUUCAGUCAUCACUGCUUACUAGUAGUUGUAGAAGCAAUACUAGUAGUAACAGUGUAAUGUUGGGACGUUGAAUGAGCACUAAAUGCUGAGCCCUUCACUAUCAAAUACCAUGUGC